AUGUCACUGUUGGGGGCCCCUGCCACUUUGGAUAUACCCCCAAGUUCCGACCAGACACAGACAGACUCGCUGGAUGAACUCCUUCCUGGAUCAGAAACAUCUCCUGCGCUAGGGCCUUUUCCACACGAGCCGCCUCCGAAUCACCUGCAGAAGGUACAAACGAGCAUCCAAAGCCUCCCUCCCGAGCUGCUCGUACAUGUUUUCCACUACUUGGUCGUGAAACCCCCACACACUCGCGCCCUCAUCCAAGCUACGCAUGUCUGCAGGCUCUUUCGCUCCGUCGCACUCGACAGCCCGACGCUCUGGACGAAGGUCACCAGAUUGUAUGGUACCACCAUCCCCGAGGCGCAGGCUUUCCUCGAUCGCUCUGCGCAUCUCCUGCUUGACAUCAACCUUCCAGCAUCGUCGCUCAACGACUGGACCGCUUUUUUGCUGUCAAGCGUGCUGCGUCGCCUUCGCUCGCUCGAGAUUGGGAUCGACAGCUCGUACCAUAAGCCUAUCUCCCGGCUGUUGGCGAGUCUCGUCGGUCGACCCGCCCCGCACUUGAAAAAGCUGCAUUUCCUGGACCAAGGCGAAAGCACUGGCGAUAGCGAAAGCGAAAGCGACGACGACAGGAUUCCUCGGGCAAAGCAGCUUCCCUACGUCUUCCAUAUCUUCGACGGAGGCAAGUAUCGCUCGGCCACUCCCUCGCUGCGGUCAGUGCGCCUCGCGCCGGUUCUGCUGUCGUGGGAUAGCGACAUCUUCAAGGACCUCACACACCUCGAGCUCCGAGCAACAGACUGGCGCGUCUACUACCCCGCUCAAGCGCAGCUCCUGGCGAUCUUCAGAAGAUGCCCCCAUUUGCAGACCUUGGCACUCGAGCUCCCCAAAAUCUACCAUAGCGCUCCCCGACAAGAGCCGGAGCCUGUCGUCCCCCUUCCUCGGCUAUCUAGAGUCAUCUUUCGGCAGCUCGCACCCUCUCGUAUCGCGAACCUGCUCUCCUACCUCGCGCUGCCUCCCACGACACGGUUCACUAUCGACAUCAAGUUGGAAGACGGCUCCACGCUUUUUCCCGUCUUUCCUGACAAUCGCGAGCAUCUCCCAUCGCUGCAAGACCUGCCCAGUGUCGAAAUCACCGUCAAGCUGCUCGAGUUUACGGUGUACUUCAAGCUGUCCUCCUGGGACGCCGGCGGGAACGCGCACCGUGUCGCAACGAUCUCCGUCGAAACCGAGGAGCUGGAGUAUAUCGGGAACGGCAUCCCGGCCACGCUGGUGGACUCCGCGCAGCGCCUCACGUACCGCGGGGAUUUCCAAGACGAGUUUGGCGAGUUCGGCGACUGGACGCGCGUCUUCCGCGCCGCGACCCGCCUGCGCGUCCUCCGCCUCGUCCGGCCGGGCGGGGAUCUCGAGAACAUUUGUCAGGACCUCACGCGGCACGUCCCGGACGACGCUGCACCUGGCGGUCCUGCGCGGUUCUGCCCGGAGUUGACGGACCUCGAGCUCGACCUGGUCUCCUUCACGAAUGGGAAAAGGGCGUCGAUCAUAUGGCUCUUGACCGACCGCCAGAAUGUGGGCCGCCCGUUGAAGAGGGUCGUGUUCAAACGGGUCUCUGGGAUAUUCAGCGAAUUUAUCGAGGGAUUGCGGGAGUAUGGCGCCGAAAUCGUCGGACCUCUCCACUACUGGUAG